GGAGGCCGACACUGGUAAUAAAAGUACUAUAUGUUCCAUGUGAUGUCAUGUUUCGUUUUUGUAUUACUGUGCAUGUUUUAACUUUGCUUGUGUUUUCUCUAUAGUAAAAGCGUUCCCAACAGACAGCAAAAGCGUUCCCAACAGAUAGAUAGACAGACAGCGAAACUAUUAUUAUAGAUUAUCAGCAAGUAUGUCUGACAAGUAAAUCUGACUGGUAAAUACAGAAUAUGGAGCAUUCAAAAUUUCCAUUUCUGCAGGAUCAUAGCACAGUUUUAGCAUACAACCAAUGUGUUUUAAAACUGAAACUCUCAUACCAUAACCUAAACCAUGUCAGAAAGGAGAUUUUAACAAAAGCACUUACAAAGAACUCAGCUCACACACAGAUUGAAGAUGCCAUUCGAGCAAUUAUUUAUAAUUUAGAAAGAGAAUUUGAUCUGGUAACAAUUCAAACUGAAAAUUUUGUUAUCCACCCUGAAGAGUGCUCAUGGCCACUGGUCUCUAGUCAAAAGUUAAGUCACCUUGUCAUCAAAGGUGAAAAUUACAGAUUUCACCCUAAUCUAAUUUUACUGAAUAUCUAUUCCAAAGAUCCAAUUGUUGUAAGCAAACAAAUUUCUAAAGAAAAGAAUGACAUCCUGAAUAAAAUAUUGAUUAAAGAUAAUCGGACUAAUAAAAAUAUAGCCCUUUUACCAGAGCUCUCCAACACAUCCCAUAACAAACCACAAUCUUCUGAUGUGACCAAUGAUCUAAAUUGUGGCAAUAAGGUUAACACUCUUAUUCUGGCCACACCAAGACUUGCAACAAAUGAUGUUGGAAGUCAGAGCCCAAGAAAGCACAAUAAAAUUGUUGAACUUCUUCACAAGCACGACUCUUCUGCUGUGCAGAAAUCACAAAGUACUGACAAUGGUAUGAAUAUUGCAAGCUCGUCAAAGAAAUUAAGGGGCACAAAUUACAAAAGCAAGUUACAUCUAUCUAGCACAAAAAAUAAACAAAGGGUUUCUUCCCCAAAGAAAAUUUGUCCUGAGAGCUUAAGUACAGAGCAAUCAGUUGAUUUUGAAACAGAUGAAACAACAAGUUCUAAAGGCAGCAGUAUGAAAAGCAUUCCAUUAAAAAGAAAAUCAAAAGAAGAAAAUGGUAAAGGUAUAAAGACCAAAUUAGAUCAUUCUCCAGUCAAAAAAAGAAAAGUUACCAAACCAGAUUAUUCAGUUCCUGUUGACACAAAUGAUAUUAAUUACAAUAUUAGCCAGGAAAACGAUGAUAACAUUAUUAUAUGCCCAGAGAAAAGAUAUGAUAUAUCUGAGGCCAAUGUUACAAAUGUGAAACCUCUAUUAAGGUCAGUAGCCAAUAAAAACCUUAAAACUUCCAGUUAUGAUAUAUCAGAAUUGAAUGAUAAACAGCAGAAUAAUGAAGACAAGUUUAUAAGAGAUGUAAACAAAGAAAAGAAAAAUCAUUAUAAUUUAAGUGAACCUAUUUUUCAAAGCAGCAGUAAAAAGAUGUCUAAAAACUGUGUUAUUGAAAUUUCAAAAGAUGGCAGCAUUAUAGAAGAAGCUGAAAGUACAGAGAGAUGCAAAGGUUUUUCUAAUGAAACUCAGCUGAAUGGAGGCUCAGAUGUUAAGAGAAAUGACGGUGAAUACGAAGACAAGAAAAGUACAACUUUAUCUGGUGCUGCCACAAAUAGCAGGAAUAGAAAGAAAAAGUUAGACAAAGAAACAAAUCAUGCACAUUCUAAUAAUGUCCUUAACAGUGAGACUCAAGCCAAAGAAACAAGGAAGACGGUUCACAAUUCCGCUAUAGAAACAAGAUCUAAAAAAACUCUUCCCUCAAAAAUAACCAAUGCCAGAAAAAUUAACAAAACAAACAUCGUACAAGGCAGCUUGAGUGAUAUUAGCAGUAGCAGCAUGUCAUCUGAUACAGAAACAAAAAAACAUGGAAUAAAAUCCAAUGUUUUCAAGCAAGCUGAGUCAUCAAACAGGCCUCAUACUAGAAGCACAUCUAGAGAGUCUAGCAGACAGACUAGAAGCAGCUCCUCCUUAUCUACUAGAAGUGGCCAGAGACACACAGGAGUGUCAUCAAAACAGUCUGCACCAAAAGCUGAAAAUCACUACCCUAAAGUUAGUGUUUGGCUUUCUAAGACUACUUUUCAGAAAAACAUUACAGAUAGUGACCCCAAUCAAAGAAGGCAAACAUCCCCAACUAGCUUGUGGAGAUCAGGUGGUGCUACACAUGAGAUACCCAAGCAAGCAAAGAACACUUCUUUUUUCAGCGGAAUUUUGGCUCCAUAUUUCACUGGAAUUUUGGCGCCAUUUUUACAGAGAGGGCCAAGGAAAAUAAAAUAACGGAGUUGCUAGAUUCUUUUUAGAAUUUUAAAAUGCAUUAGUGAUAAGAUUUCAGGGCAGCUUUAUUCAUGCUAUCUUUUCAUAUAAGGGUAGUUCAUAUUUGUGCCAUUAAAAAAUUAUUUUUAUCUGCCAUGUGCCAUUUCUUGGCAUUUUUUUGUGAAUACCCAAUGUGUUUAAAGAAUCUUUAGAAAAAUGUUGUUACUGUUCAGAUAUGGUGUGAUGUAUUAUGGGAUGGAGUGGUCAGAUGGUAACCUGAAAGUAUUGAGCUCAGUUCCCAGACUUGAGGCUCUAACUUGAGUUAGAGAAAGCAAAGUUAGGUGGAUAGAGAACUUACCAUACUACUCCUUAUUAUUAUACAGAAGUGACAGAAACAGGUCUCUUCCUUAUUGACCAUCUAGGUCUAAUAAGUUAACUUGACUUAUGUUUUGAAUUCCCUAUUUUACAAGAGUAGUAUUUUUUUCUUCUAAAAUUAAUAAUAAUAGUUUUUCAUUAAUUUUGCAUACUUUUUAUUAAUGCAAAUUUAAUUGAGCAUCAAAACUGUGAGCUUUGUUGCUCCAGUGGUUUGAUGUACGGUAAUUUUAUAACAUCAAACAUUUCUAAUUUUUUCCAUUUUGUCUCAAAUUAGUUAAUCAAACAAUAUGUUGGUUUGCAAUUCAAAGUUGAUUAUUAAUUUUACCCAGUGUAUAUUGAACUUUUAAACUUAUAGAAUUUUGAAAAAUGAAAUAGCAAGUUGUUGUAUGUUCCAUAAUUGCAGUUUUUAUCAACUAUUAAUUGAAUUUGAGCAGAAAUCUGUUCUGAGUACCAAACAAAAUUAAAGCGUGUACAAAAUU